AUGUCUAAAAAAGGUGGUAGUGGCGGAGGUUCUAAGACUCCCAUGACAUCAAGUGCUGCGUCCAGAAUUCAAUCAGCCACCGCAAAAUCUAGUGGCGGUAAUGUCUCGAAAGGAAGUUUCGCAGCGAGAGCACAAUCAGCUGCGGCCAGGAAUGCUAACGUCGGUGGUAUGGGUGGCGGUGGCGGCGCCAAUAAGGGUGGUAAUAAUCAAUCCCCCGGCCCAAGGUAUUCGCAUUGUCUUGCUACAUACCAAAACACACUUUAUCUAUUUGGCGGAAUAUCAACAACAACCAAGGACUUCUUUUUCUCCGCCGAUUUACCAUUCAACAACACAAAUUCAAUACUCUGGCGAAAAGAAACUACCAUUAACGCUGAAAAUGUAAAUGACACAGCAUGCGUAGUGGAGCCAACAUUAGGUUUAUUAUUAAUAAUUGGAGGUGGAAGUUCUGCUCAUAGUACAACUACUGGGAACCCAGGAUUACAAGUAUACGAUUUCAAAAGAAGUACAUGGAACGACCCGAAAUAUUUGCAAAAUAUUCCUUACGAAUUCUCAUAUUAUCUUUACCGUCCGCGAGCUGCACUGAUCGCUCCAAAAACUGUGUUUGUCUGGGCUGGAACAUUUAAUCUUGAUAGUUUUCCUUCUACAGGGAUUUAUCAAAUUGAUUUAUCGAAAAUUCCAUGGAACUGGACUCUCAUUUUUCAUGAUAGUAUUCCAAUGAAACCAACAAAUGGUGCCGGACUCGCAAUUUCCGAUGGAAAUGCAUUUAUAUUUGGCGGGAUGGAAUACGUUGAUGAAACAAAUUGGCCACCCACGAAUUACGCAUACAAUUAUAGUUCUAAAGUUGGACUACUUUCAACAGCACCUUAUCAAUUUCCCUUCAAUAUUUCGGAUGGUGCGGUUGGCAUUCUAAAUAGUACACUGACGGUUCUCGUAAUGAAUGAUGGUAGUCAAAUGGCAAAUCAAUCAUUAAUUAUGGUGCAGGUCGAUUUGAAAACUAGGAAAAUUGGAAUCCCUGUUUUAUCCAAUCAGCCGUAUAUGAGAGAUCGUGCUGCUACUGUUCAGUUUCCCGGCUCAGACACAAUCUUGAUAUAUGGAGGAGGAAUUCCAGGUGGGCCAAAUCCACGUCCGCUUGAUUCAAUGCUAGCUUAUAAUAUGACAACUAGCACCUGGACAAACCAAGUAAACAUUGUAAACUGGUAUAAUCUUGACUCAUCAGUUAAUAGUAGCGGCAAUGGAGUAAGUCCAGCUAAUGGGACAUCACCGCGUAUCUCUGAAACAUUAAUUGGGGUUGUGAGCUCAUCAGUUGCCAUUGUAUGCGCCGUAGGAAUUGUAAUUGUUGGAGUUUGGCAGAUAAAGAGAUUAAAAAAACAACAUGCUAUCCAAUUGGAAACUACUAUUGCAUCGUUGUCUCUGCAAGAUUCUUCAUUGGCGUCAUCAUUGUCGUCAACAAAUACAGAGGUUAGAAAGCAGCCUAAGAAUUCCCGGGAAAAAAAUGGGCAUGUUGAUCGAGUAGAUAAUGAAGUUGUAGAUUUUGUAUAA